AUGUCGCGUCACAGAGCUAUCCGCAACUUGGACUAUGAGGAGGUGCUGGAUGAGUACGAGGUGGAUCUACAGGAAGAGGAGGAGAAUCGACUUCUUAUGGAACAGGGCGUGGUCGAUGUUCGCAGUGCCCUCGACACGGAGGCGUCAAAGGUCACCAAAGAGCAAAUCGAGGAGGCUCUCUGGCACUACUAUUUUGACGUUGACAAAUCGGUGACAUAUCUGACCAACAAAUUCAUCAACCGCCCAGCACCAAAGGCACCGAAGCCCGCCACUCAGAAGCCCACUGGUAAGUACCUAACCCCUGCAACAGCUACAAUUUCCUGCGAGUUUGAAGACUCGUCAGACUGGGCCGAGAACAACCGACACGGACUGGGCGGCCGAUGUUCAUCACAGACGGGGUCUCGACAAGACGAUGUGGGCUUCUGGGUGUCGGGAUCAUGCCCUUCAUAUCCCCUGCCCCAGGCAUCCCUGCCUGCCCUCUUUCACGACAUGCCUUGGGGAAACAUCCCAAAGGAUAGAGAAAGUGUCUUGAUUCCGCCCGUGGUACCGCGAUCGCGGUGUGGGCUUCUUGGAGGCACAGGAGCGGCGCCAAAGAUGACCAAGCUCCAAGCACUGGCUGCAGCGAGGAAGAAGAAGGCUCAGGAGAAAUCGUCGGAGCAAGAGGUGGAACAAACUCGAGCUCAGAUGACGGGCCUUUCUGUCAAUAGCAGUUCGACAGAGAAGGAAAACAUGCCCUUGUCAGGUGCAUUCAGCAAGCGUCUCAAGACCUCUUCGUCAACUGCACAGGGGCGUGUGCCUAUCAUUCCUACAGAGCCGAGAUCAGAGUCUGAGCAGCAGAGCGCCAAUCCCAUCACAAAAGAACCAGAGGUGGUCGAAGAGCCUGCUCAGGCCCGGCCUGUCAAGAAAGCUCAACCUUCCGCCUUUGCCCAGACGCUUUUUAGCAGCCAUACCCCCACCAUCACCAUCCGACAGGAUGUGGUUACAUUGGGACUCGCGCCGUCUGUCCUUGAAGCAUUUUCGAAGCCCAGUCCGGAUGACAUCGUUCUCGCGGCUCAAGCGAAAGCCGGAAAGAAGCCCCCAGCCGGCCAGAGCAAAAAGUCAAAAUCAAGCAAUACAGAUUCACUAUCCAGUUCGGUCUCGGAGCUGAAGAUCGACGAUACCCCUCUUCCAAAAAGCCGAAACAUCAACGUUCUCUCCGAGUUUGAGAAGAGCACCAAAAAGAAGAGUGCCAGUUUUGUUGUGGUUGGCCAUGUCGAUGCUGGCAAGAGCACCAUGAUGGGUCGGCUACUGCUUGACCUUGGUGUUGUUGACCAGCGUACUGUCGAGAAACUCCGAAAAGAAGCCCAUACGAUAGGCAAAUCAUCAUUCGCUCUUGCUUGGGUUUUGGAUCAGGGGUCAGAAGAGCGGACCCGCGGUGUCACCAUUGAUAUUGCCACGAACCGAUUCGAGACAGAGACGACAGCUUUCACCAUCCUUGACGCCCCAGGACACAGAGACUUCAUCCCCAACAUGAUAGCUGGGGCCAGCCAGGCUGAUUUUGCCGUUCUUGUUAUCGACGCCAGCACGGGUGCCUUUGAGUCCGGGCUCAAGGGUCAAACCAAGGAACACUCUCUCCUACUUCGAAGCAUGGGCGUGGCGCGCAUUAUUGUGGCCGUCAACAAGCUUGACAUGGUGAAUUGGUCACAGGAGAGAUUUGACGAGAUCAAGAACCAAGUCUCCGGAUUCUUGUCAGCCACCGGCUUUCAAAAAAUGAAUAUCGCCUUCGUACCAGUAUCCGGCCUGCACGGUGACAACAUGGUCAAAAGAUCCGAGAACCCUGCUGUUGGGUGGUACACUGGACCCACCCUCAUCGAAGAGCUUGAGCGUUCGGAACCAAGUGCUCGAGCUACGAAGAAGCCUCUCAGAGUCAACAUUUCCGAGGUUUUCCGCACACAGCAAAGUCAGGCCACAGUUUCUGGACGUGUUGACGCCGGAUCUUUGCAAAUGGGAGACGCCGUUCUGGUCCAGCCGGCCACGGAGAAGGCCUUCAUCAAGUCCAUCCUUGUGGACGAGGCCCCGGCUGACUGGGCUGUCGCCGGACAGAGCGUGGUAUUACAUCUCAGCCACAUCGACCCAAUGCAUGUCAAAUCUGGCGACAUUAUCUGCGACCCCAACAAGCCAAUCCCCAAAGAUAAGACGUUCACGUUGAAGGCGCUGGCGUUUGACUUUUUGAUGCCGAUGCAAGUGGAUGUCCACCGGGGACGACUACACUCGGCAGGGAAGAUUAUCGCGAUGCCUGCGCUGCUGGACAAGACCACCGGUGGGGUGAAGAAGAAGAAUCCAAGGCUGGUGAAGCCAGGGGAGGUUGCCAGAGUGCGAGUGGAGUUGGACGAUCAGGUGCCGCUGGAGGCUGGUCAGAGGGUGGUUUUGAGAAGUGGUGGGGAGACUAUUGCUGCUGGUUUGCUGGAGUGA